UAAUUGGUGCCUUAGAAAGGGAGAGAGGAUUGGGUGGUCCCAUGGAGGUGAACUUAGGCGGCGCGAAGGAAGAAGCGAGACUGGACAGUGCAAAGGAGGCCGACGUUAGAGAGCUGGGCAAUGCCAAUAGGGGAGGGCCGAGGAUGGGCAGCGCCAGGGACGAUGCUAGAGGGUUGGGCGAUGCUAGAGCUAGGCUGGGUGGCGCUAGGAGCGAUGCCGAAGCCAAGCUAGGUGAUGCUAGGGGUGAUGUUAGAGCCAGGCUGGGUGGCGCCAGCGACGACUCCAGAGCAAAGUUGGGCAGCAUUAUGGGCGAUGACGCUGACUAG